AUGGUGUUGUGGAGGUUUCGAACUCAUACAUCUUUCCAAUGCUUUGGUGAGCUUAUGGCCUGGAUUAUAAAAAAUGACAGAGAUCUAGAAUUGUUUACAAUGUUUGUUUGGUCCAUUUGGACUCAAUGGAAUCAAUUGAGGACCCAGCAGUCUUGUUGUCCCACAACCCAGUUGGCUCAGUUUGCAAAGGACAGGUUCAAUGAGUUCAAAGCAAUUAAACCUGUAGCUCAUCCUCGACAGAGACAGCAGUGGACCUCUUGGUCUCCCCCUGCCCAGAAUGUUUUCAAGAUUAAAUAUGAUGGAGCACUCUAUUCCAACACUAACAAGUCAGUAGAGAUUGAGGCUCUGGCUGCUGCCUGUGCUCUUGAGUUUGCUGCUGAUAUUGGGCUUGAUAAUGUUAUAGUGGAAGGUGACUCACUGGUAGUGACGCAAGCUCUGAAAACAAAAGUUGUGGGACUGGCUGCUUAUGGUUUGCUGAUCAAGGAUGCUUUUUCAUUAGCAGGAAAUUUCUCAGAAGUGUUCUACUCUCACACAAAGAGAGAGGGCAACAAAGUUGCACAUUGUUUGGCUAAAUUAGCUGUAAAUUUAGCAGAGUGUGUAAUUUGGAUGGAAGAAGUUCCUCCUACCAUCUAUCAUCUUGUACAGGUUGAUUUGGCCCUUCUAGUUCAAUAA